AUGACCUCCGUUGAGCGUGGCGGUUCUACUGCCCUCGAAUCAAUCCUUUGGAUUGAUAAAAAGGCUAGAACAGAAGUCUGCAGUUGUGCUGAAUUGGCAGUUGAUGAAAUUUCUCUUCCCAAUAAAUUCAAUGAUAAUCAAAGAAAUGCUCUGAAGUGCAUUCUUUCAAGGCUGAGGUGCCCCCACAUGAAUGCGCCUCAAGUUUUAUGGGGCUGUCCCGGUUCUGGCAAGACAGAGAUAGCUGCUACUAUGCUCGACUCAUUGUUUCAUUGGCAACAUAGAGUUCUUGUGUGUGUUCCGAGACAGAAGGAUAUUAAUAGAUUUCUUCAUAAGUUAAACACACUUUUUCCUUCAUUCAACCUCAGCGAGGUGCUUGUGCUCAGUGACAUGGAUGGCGUGGAUGAAUGCGGCAUUUUUGCUGAAAUGAACUUAGAAAACCGAGCUCAGGAGCUAUAUCGAUGCACAUAUACUUGGAAGGGCUGGAUGAAGGAGCUUUGCUUUGUGUUGGAAAUGAAACCGUAUUGCCAAAAUAGUUGUUAUCAUGAGGGACGCAUAUGUACAAAAAACAACCUAAUAAUCUUCUGCUUGGAAUCUUUUAGGAACAAGGUUUGUGCGCUCAUAUCAGACCUCAGAAAAUGUUCGGAAGAUUUAAUUAACAGUCUUUCAGAAAAGUGCUUAGCUGAACAUGAUGUUGCAAACAUAAACAAGUUGAUGACCGAGCUAUCACGGUUCCAAGACCUUAUGUUGAAUGAGAGUCUAACCAGCUCUGAUGUGCAAAUGGCAUUUGAGUUCUCUUCCUCUUUACACUUUGUUUCAGAGGCUACAAAGAGAGACAUUACAGAGUCAAUGAAUGCAAUAAGAAUGAGCUGUCUUCAGUUGAUGGAAAUUCUUAUAGGCUCAUUUGAUUUGCCUCAGCUAGAAGACAGAAAAAAGCUGGAAGAUUUCUGUCUUGGACACUCCCGUGUCAUCAUCUGUACUCCUUCUUAUUCCAGUCGCCUGCUACAGUUAAAGUUAACUCGAUUUGACACUUUACUAGUUGAUGACGCCUCACAGAUGAAGGAAAGUGAUCUAUUCAUUCCACUAUCUAUGGCACCCAAGCAUGUCGUGUUGUUGGGGGAUCAUCUACUUUUGCAGCCGACCGUGAAAAGCGAGGUUUGUAAAAAAAAUGGUUACGCUUCCAGUCUGUUUGAGCGACUUCUACGCUUAUCUUCUAAAAAAAUGAUACUUCAUGAGAAAUAUGCUAUGGACCCUUCAAUUAGCCUAUUUGUGCGUGAGCAUUUCUAUGCGGGUGAAGUGGAGGAUGCCUCUCAUGACUUUAAUAAGCAGCUGGUGGAUAAAUCAAAACUCGCUCCUUAUGGAUUUUUUGACAUCACGGAUGUGGAUGAGCUGAACAUAAAGGGAAAAGGCUUUGUUGAUUGUGCUGUUAUCAUCUUCUUGCUUCAGAGACUUUGCAAAGGUCUGACAAAUGAAUUGGAAAGCUCAGUGUUGGCAUACUUUGUCUGUCUAGCAGCCGGGUUGACAUGGUGAAGAACCGAUUGGGCACCGAAUAUGGAGGUCAUGAUAGGAUUAAUCUAGAAGUCAAUACCCUAAAUAAUUCGAAUGAAGAUUGGUACGAUAUAGUGAUCUUGUUAUCAGUUUCUGAUGAUAAUUCAGAGAUUCCUAAGGGUAACAGAAUGAACACAGCCCUUACUAA